CCGUCGACGGCGAUCUAACCUGUGAGCUACGUGGAUCUUUGACCGUCGAAAAGAAUAGUGCAUGAAACGUCAAAAACAUGACAACGACGAAUUAUUUAGAUUUGGACAUAAACAAGCUGUUCGAGCAGCACACCAUCAAAGAGAUCGAGGAGAUUCAAAAGAAGAUUCAGCUGGAAAGCGACCGGAAGAAGCUAGAAUUACGAACUCUAGUUGGAGAAAGAUAUCGAGAUUUGAUAUUGGCUGCUGACACAAUUGGAAAAAUGAAGAUAACAUCCGAAAAAGUUAUUGCAAGAAUUGCUAAUAUAGAAGAUAAAUUUAGGGAACUGCAAAAGAAAUAUCUCAUUGGUUUCAAGACAGAUCCAGUGGAGGAUAACCUGGACAAAAGAAGACAUGUUCGGGAUUCCAUAAUCAUCCAAAUCAAAAUCCUAAUGGACAUUCCACAGUAUAUCUGGACAAGCAUCGAGAGUCAAAAUUUAUUACUUGCUACACAGUUGUAUAUAGUAGCGCAGCAUAUAAAUUAUAGUUUAAUGUUUGAAGUUGGUAGUGCUGAGUUAUCGAGUAAAUAUCCAAUUGUUUCCAAGCAGUGGGAUGUUAUUAUGCAGUUUAAGAACAUCAUAUCUAACGAGUGCAACAAAAUUUUGCAGUCGUUGGAUGUUUCAACUAUAAAUGCUGCAAAUUGUUUGGCAUCUCUCGUAUUUUUGAAUGAGUCAUCGUUUACAGAUCUUUUAGAAAGAUUAAUAUCCACGAGGUGCUGUGCCAUUGAAUCUGUCAUCAAAGGAGAAAGUCACGAUAGUGUCAAAAAUAAGCUGAAGUCAUGUAUGAAGAUACUUAUACAAACUGUCCAUUUAAUAUAUUCGUGUUUUAUAAAUGCAGAUAAUGCUCCUGGAGGCUUAGUUUUACAGUUUAUAACAGACAUAAAAGAUCAAGAAGCAUAUUCUUUACUAUCGCAAUUGGAUUUGGAUCAAAAUUUAUUCGAGGAAUUCCUGCCAUCUGUUACUAAACAUCAUAAACCGUUUGUUCAGGAUAUACCAAAAAGCUUUUCUCUAUCGACACUUCAAAAUAGUGUUAAAUCUUGGUUGGAGUGGGUGAAUGAUUUUUCUAAUCAUGAAGUUACCAAAUUAUUAAAUUUAAUAGUUUCUAUUAAAGGCCUGUAUAACGUUCGGGAAGAAGCCAUCAGUGUAAAUCUACCUGAAAAUUGGAAUUCUAUAUGGGAAGAGCUUUCCUUACCAAGAAUAAGUUUUUGGAUGGAAUUCUUCCAGCCUAUUAUAACUAAACGAGUAAAAUGUAUUAUAACAAACAAGUGGAUGGAUACGCUAUCUGAUUUAAAAUCUGAUAUAGUAGAAUUACUCGAUAAAGUAGCGCAUGAUAAAUUCGAAUUUCCGGAACACGAUUUACGAUGGUUCGUGUGGAAAGACUCCCCCACCGACAUUCCACAAAAACUUACAAAGACUGGUGGAUUAGAUAAUAAAAGAUCCUUGCUGAUGAAGGCUAAGGGAUAUUCUCCAAACAUAGUGAAAUUGUGCGAAAAAUUUGAUGAAAGUUUGUACGCGCUAUUGUCCGAUCUUGAGCAUUAUUUAUACGAGACUGAGCGAGUAAUAACAAUCAAAGACAGCUUGCUUUCGGCGAAUAUAUCUUUAAUUGCGAAUUCGUUCUCCGAUCGUAAUGAAGUCCAAGAACAUUUGCAAGUAGUUAGCACCGAAAAGAUCGAAGAUCUCGUCCAGUUUCUAAAAAAUACCUGUGCUAACGAUAAACCGGAACAUGGUCAAAGCGAUAUAAACGCUAUAGUACUGGCAAGAUUUCUUUUUGCAUUAACUACCUUGUGCCCGAAUUUAAAUAAAUGUUUUACAUCGUCGAAAGUAUCCGGGCUUGCUAUCACGAACGUUAAGUGGCAAGCUGUUUGUGAUAAUCUAAAGGAAGAAAGUAUUUGCAUGUGGUCCAUUUGGGCUAAUGUAUAUAAAGCGAAAAUAUCUGAACAUAUGAAGAAAUUUAUAUUAAGAGAGCCGCUCGAUGGAUUGCGCGUUCAUUGGAUCGUCUCGGAAUGGGAGAAAGUUACUAUCGAGGAAGAAUCCGGAGAGGGGAAACGAAUAAAGUCUGAAAUUUUAAUACCUUAUCAACCAUCGAUACCUUUGCAAAAAUUCUUGACCGCCAUCUGCAAAGAUUUAAAUAAAAUUAUACCUCAUACGCUUCCAAAGAGAGUACUGCAGCAAAUUAUCGAAAGCAUCAUUACAGAAUUAUUUAAUUAUUAUCUCAAUGCGUUUAAGAGUAUAGAUCUCAGACAAAAACAAGCAUUUCAAGUACUAUACGAUAUAAGAUAUUGUACGUUGCUCAUGGUGCCUCAUGAAAACAAAGUUCUUAAUGAAUUAUCAAUCAAAACAUGCGACGCAAUACUUGCGAAAAUAGAUCCGUUCGAUUAUGAUGUCUUUAAUCCGUUCAUUCACACCAAUGUUAAAAAAUCUGUUCAGAGAUCUUUGUUGAUAUUUGGAAACCUGGUGAGUCAUUUAGAACAAUUACAUUCGACAUUGGGGGCACGCAAUGAACAUGCAAGCAGUGACAAUGGAAGAACUGAACCACCUGCAGUGCUCGCAGUUUGUACAGGAGCACCAUGGUUCCCGCCGUUAACUGUAACCGCACCGACGAGAAAUUUGCCAAUUUUAUCUGUGCCGAUAUCCGAUAAAACACAACGUAAGAAAGUAACGAAGGAACAUACGAAAAAUGAGUCUACCAGUGCAAUAAAAUCCGGAGCGGCCGCGUUUUUCGGUGCAAUGGGAUCAGAUUGGUUCGGCAGUAGCAAUUAACUAUUUUUUUUAUUUUUAGAAAGAUUGUAAAUAUUGUCAUAUGUCAUAUAUUGUAAAUAAUAUAUUAGUAAAGAAUAUCUUUU